AUGGAGUCCAAGGGUAUUGAUGUCACGAGGGACUGGCCUAUCUUGCGUGGACUCUUGAAACCCUCAUCUGUUGAUCAUUUAGUCAUCGUGUGGAGAGAGAGAGGGAGAGAGCAAAUGAUGGAAAUUAGGGGAGAUCCCUAUGUACACCAGGGGACUGCCUUAUAUCCCAUUCUCGCGAUCAAUGCGCAACGGGCACGAACAUCCACACCAUUCCAGAAAGAACUCGUCUACACCGAUCCUGACUUGGUGGAGAGCUUUUGGAACAGUUGCAAGCGACUAAACCUUCUUCUGUCGGGGCUUGAUUGGUAG